AUGGAACUGCAGGAUCCAAAGAUGAAUGGAGCCCUUCCUGUGGAUGCUGUGGGCUACAGGCAGGAACGCGAGGGCUUCCUGCCCAGCCAUGGUCCUGCUCCUGGGAGGAAGCCGGUCCAGUUCAUGGAUUUCGAGGGGAAGAUAUCGUUCGGAAUGUCGGUGUUCAACCUCAGCAACGCCAUCAUGGGCAGCGGCAUCCUGGGGCUGGCUUAUGCCAUGGCCCACACAGGGGUCCUCUUCUUCCUAGCCUUGCUGCUGUGCAUCGCACUUCUGUCUUCGUACUCCAUUCACCUCCUGCUGACGUGUGCUGGUGUCAUAGGCAUCCGGGCCUAUGAGCAGCUGGGACAGAAGGCAUUCGGGCCUGCGGGGAAGGUAGCGGUGGCUGUGGUCAUCUGUCUGCACAAUGUUGGGGCCAUGUCCAGUUACCUAUUCAUCAUCAAAUCUGAGCUCCCCCUGGUUAUUGGCACCUUCCUGAACAGGGCCUCCGAGGGGAGCUGGUUCUUGAAGGGAAACUUCCUUAUCAUCCUUGUCAGUGUGUUAAUCAUCCUGCCCCUGGCCCUUAUGAAACACCUGGGCUACCUGGGGUAUACCAGUGGUCUCUCUCUGACCUGCAUGCUGUUUUUCCUCAUUUCGGUCAUCUAUAAGAAGUUCCAACUUGGCUGUGCUGUAGGCCGCAAUGAGACAGCAAUGGAGAGUGAAGCCCCCCCGGGGCUCAACAGCAGCUGUGAGGCCAAGCUGUUCACAGUCGACUCACAGAUGUCCUACACAGUGCCCAUUAUGGCUUUCGCCUUUGUCUGCCACCCUGAGGUACUGCCCAUCUACACGGAGCUCUGCCGGCCUUCCCAGCGCAGGAUGCAGGCCGUGGCCAACGUGUCCAUUGGGGCUAUGUUCUGCAUGUACGGGCUCACAGCCACCUUCGGAUACCUCACCUUCUACAGCAGCGUGGAGGCGGAAAUGCUGCACAUGUACAGCCAGGAGGACAUGCUCAUCCUCUGCGUGCGCCUGGCCGUGCUGCUCGCGGUGACCCUCACUGUGCCAGUCGUGCUGUUCCCUAUCCGCCGGGCUCUGCAGCAGCUGCUUUUCCCAGGCAAGGCCUUCAGCUGGCUGCGGCACGUGACCAUAGCCCUGAUCCUGCUUGUUUUGGUCAAUGUCCUUGUCAUCUGUGUGCCGACCAUCCGGGAUAUCUUUGGGGUUAUCGGGUCCACAUCAGCCCCCAGCCUCAUCUUCAUCCUCCCCAGCAUCUUCUACCUCCGCAUUGUACCCUCUGAGGUGGAGCCCCUUUUCUCCUGGCCCAAGAUCCAGGCUCUGUGUUUUGGCGCCUUGGGGGUCCUCUUCAUGGCGAUCAGUAUAGGCUUUAUGUUUGCCAACUGGGCCACAGGCCAGAGCAGUGUGUCUGGACACUGA